AUGCCGGCCCAACAAACCAAAACACGCCAUCGCCUCACCUACACCCUAAAAUCUAAACCCCGCCAAUACGCCUACUUCCACAUCUACCACGGGGCCUCUCCACCUCACGAACAAUUAGGCUCUCUAGCCGACAUUUACGUCCAACGACGUCGUCCGUCUUCGGAGCUCCUCGACUCUCAAUCCGGAAUUACCGCAAACGAAGGAGAAGGCGACGACACGCUCGCAGUUUACGCGAAGCUGGAAGGAGGCUGGUGUAGAUGGAUCAACCACGACGUCAGACUCUUCCACCCCUUGCCGAGAACAUGCGGAGGCGGACCGCGUGUCCUCGGCGUCACCACCAAACACUGCUUCAGCUGGAUCCCAGUAGAGAAACACGCGUCUCAUUUAGGCACCUACAACUCCAUUGAAGCCGAAAUCAAGGCCUACCUCAAUCAAUCGUCAAUACCGUCGAAGCCAAAACGCACCCGCUUUCGCAAUCUUGGACCGGAUUCCGAAUGCUUUCGAUCCUCAACUCCACCGAAGGUCAUUCCCUCGACAACCACCGGUUUCUCAGCACAGCACCCACCUUGCAUGGCGGUGGUUCCCCCAGCCCACCCGAACGUAUCACGCACUCCGUCUGCACCCAACGUCGCCGGUCCCAACCUGACCAACUGUUUACAGUUGUGGUAA